AUUGCUGUACUCGUCAUCGCAUGUAAUCGCCCAUCUGUUAAACGAUGUGUUGAUUUACUCUUCAGGAAUCGACCUUCUACAACUUAUUAUCCCAUAAUCGUCAGCCAGGAUUGUGGCGAUCAAAAAACUGCGGAGGUUCUAAACGGUUACGGGGACCGUAUAAAAUAUCUACAGUUUAAUCCUUCCCCAGCAGGAGGACUAUCUGGUUAUCAUAAGAUAGCUAGGCACUACAAAUGGGCGUUGGAUCAAGUAUUUAAUGUUCUUAAUUAUGAAACUGUAAUAAUUGUCGAAGAUGAUCUGGAUGUAGCAGCCGACUUUUUCUCAUAUUUUCAAGCUACAAGACACCUUAUGGAAAAAGAUAAAUCGAUAUGGUGCGUGUCUGCCUGGAAUGAUAACGGCCGAAAGGAACUGACGAUGAGUCCAGGUACGGAGCGCUUGUACCGCAGCGACUUUUUCCCUGGUCUAGGAUGGAUGCUAACUAAAAAUCUAUGGCAAGAAAUAGGCCCAAAAUGGCCGCCAGCGUACUGGGACGAUUGGAUGAGGGAGCCAGCACGACGCCAGAACCGAGUUUGUAUUCGACCGGAAAUAUCGAGAACACGAACAUUUGGGAGAAUCGGAGUUAGCCAGGGGCAGUUUUUUGAUAAAUAUCUGAAACAUAUAAAUAUCAACACCGGCAAGGUCGACUUCAUGUCUAAAGAUCUGUCAUACCUUGAGAAGGAAAAUUAUAAUAGUGAAUUUCUGGAAACUGUCAAUAGUUCUCCUGUAAUAACAUUCUCACAACUGCUAGCUGAGACUGGACCAAAAGAUGACAUCGUUCGUAUAAAAUACAAAACUGAGGGUAGUUUCGUGAGAAUAGCCCGACGGUUGGGACUAAUGACGGACUUUAAAGCUGGUAUACCGAGGACAGCUUAUAAAGGAAUAGUUUCUUUUACGUAUAAAAAUAAAUGGGUGCAUUUGGUACCAUCAUCAGCCCGGUAA